GAGGCGCGUCUGUAAAUAUUUAAAAAUUGAAAAACAUAUUCAUAAAUGGCCCAGGCCAAAACACUGCGAGAAAUUCCAGCAGCGAAGUGAUUUUGAAUGAGUGGUUUCAAAGUGAGCAGUGCUAGCCAAAAUCGUGUUUUGUGGCCAAAACGAAAAUAUUGUAGAUCAUAACAAAUGCAUUUGAAAUAUAAAAGUUAAAAAAAGGUUUAAAAAAAAGUGCGAAGCGAGCUGAUUCCGUUUUUGUUUGUGUUUGCCUUGCCGGAGCACGCGUGUGUCUGCUUUUUACCUUGGACAAGAAUAAACCAUCCAAACAUCCUGCAGCAUCCAUCUACUUGGCCAUUGUGGUUGUUCUUGGCUUUUUCCUCGGCGCGGCCUCACGUUCAUCCUCAUCUUUUGUGAAUCCUUGGCGCAGCAGAUUCUAGUUGGUGGCCUACUCUGAAGAAAAUGUUUGAAUAGAGAUGGCCAAACUUUCACGACGUGCCUCGUCGUCUGCAGCAACGCCCUCCACAGCAACAACAGCAACUACAGCGAGUACCGGAGCAACACAAGUCAACCCAAGUCAUGCCACAGGCGACACGCAGCAACAAGAGGAGCAACAGCAACAGCAGCAGCAGCAGCAGGAGCAUCUGCAACAGCAACGCGUUGUCCGUCGUGCCACCAGCAACAACAACAACAACAGCAACCGACCCCAAGCGGCGGCCCUCAUCGAUACGAGUCCUGAUGUCCUGCAUGAGAAUCCACCGCCAUCACCGACACCGGCGGCGCUUUCAAACCACAGCAGCAACAAUAGCAGCUACCACAGCAACACUGCCACGCCCACUGCACCCGCCCACGCCCACGUCACGGCCACGCCCUACAUGCCGCUGCUACCGCCGGGCGAGCAGAAUCUGACGGAUGCGGAAAAUGCGGCGGAGCGGGCCAGGAUUCGGGAGGAGUUCUUCGCCACGUACGACGUGAUGACGGGCGUGAGGAUCGCCGCCACUUUGGGCGGCUUCUUUGGGCUGAUGGUCUUCCUGAUCGUGUGGAAGAGUCGCAGCAGCAGCAACGAGACGCUGAAGGUCCUCAAGGAUCCCAAGAUGGCGGCCGUGGCGGCGGUGUGCAUGCAGGAGGAGGAGGAGCGCGAGAUCCACGAUGCCAUCGUCGCCACGGGGAUGUCGAUCUAUCCUGAUGAGUACGAUGCCAUGGUCUAUCGCCGCCAGAGGAUGCUCUCGCUGGGCAAUGUGAGUGCCCCGCCGCUGCUGAAUCGGGGAUACCGCUGUGGUUCCAUGGGUGGCGUGGGAGUGGGCGCUCCUGUGGGCUACAGCUAUCUGCUGGAGCCGCCGCGUCGCUUCUCCUACUCUUCCAUGUCCGGCGGCGGAGGACCGGGUUCCGGCCAUGUGGGACGUCGCAAGAGCGGAUCAGAGUCGUCGCGCAUCUUCAGCAAUUAUCCCAUGGGCGGCAGCUUUGGCACAGACGACUACUUCGUGGAGACGGAGGACGAACUGGAGGCGGAGGAGUACAUGCAGCCGGGCGUGCCAGAUGAACCAGUGCACCAGCAUCAGCGAACGGACUCCACGCGCAGCAAGCCGGGAUUUCUGUCCGUACCAAUGGCGGGGCAGGACUCCCGCCGGAGCAGCGCCAUGACCUGCUGCAGCACGGAUAGCUCCUACCUGGAGCGGCGCUCCUCCGCCUACAUGGGCGGAUGCAUGGGCCACCUGCCGCCCACGCUGCAACGGAAGCUAUCGACUGCCUCGCGGACUUCGAGCAUCGCGGACUGGGACUACUACUACCCGGACAUCCAGGUGAUCCAGCCGACGCCCAAGGCCUCGCCGUGUCCCUCGGAGCGGAGUGUGCACGAGGGAUCGGGUUCGGGUUCGGGUUCGGGCAUGGGAUCGGGAUCGGGAAACGGAUCACGGACCUCCAACCUGAGUGCGCCGAGCAUCAAGCGGAAGCACAGCAUCGUGUCCUAUGAUCCGGAUAGUGCUCAGGCGGGUAGGAAGCAGCAGAUCCACUCGAUAAGCGCCGACACCGUGGACGUGUAUCCGUACAACCAGGAGAGCUCCGUGGAUCUGGCUCUGGCCCUGCCUCUGCCCAAGCCGGUGCAGUCGGCCCCGCCCACCAGUGCGCACCAGGCGUUCCACUUCUGCGACUCGCCCUCGGAGGAGCUGCGUCUGGGUGUGCGGCGCAAGCUGACGCUGGUGGAGCUGCAGCGCAACGAGAGCAACAACAAUAGCUUUCCGUACACGGCGAACGCAGCGGUUCCGGCCGGAGUGGCGGCGGGUACGGCGGCCAGCUCGAGCAGUAUCAGUGUGGACAGCACACCGGUGAGUCUGGAGCGGCUGAACGGGACGGGGAGCGGCGGGAGCGCCAGUCUGGCCACCGUCUCCGUGUCCAACAAGCUGCCGCCGAUGGGCAACAACAAUCCGGAGAAGCGAGCGCCGCUGGCCUCACUAAGUUCCUUCAAGAUCUCCUCGCUGGAGUGUCCCGACUCCGAGCUGCGCUCCCUGGAAGAGGACUCGGUUUUUGGGCUGGAGAGUCCGGCGGACACGGACGAUGACAUGCAGCAGCUGAGCAGCGACAGCGAGGAGCAGGAGGCGGCCGCCCAGGCCCAGGCUCAGGCUGCUUCUAUGCGGGCUUCUGGCGGGGAGACCAAGCCCAAUCCUCUGCAGCUGCCCAUGCCCGCCAAGCGGAUGAGUCUGAGUGCGGUGCCCUCGGCGGGAAUGGCCAUGGGUGGAGGUGCCAGGCCGCGGAGGCCUCUGCUCCAGAGACAUCGAACCAUCAGUGCCACAUCCGGUGAUCGAGUGGCCCUAAUCAACCAGCCGCUGCAGCUGCAACAGUUCCACAUGGGCAUGCCAAUCCAAGCGGAGGCGCCGGCUCCGCUGGAGACCCACUUUGGGGCGGUGAUAAGCCAGAGUCCUCCCAGGCGAGGACCCCUGCUCCAGCAGUACAGCGAUCCGCAGACGACGACGACGACGACCACAACGACCACCACCACGGAGGAGGACACUUGCUCCACCCUGAACACAGAGCUGGGCUUGGGGGAGGCCACCGGAGCAGUUCUGGGAGGCGGUGGAGGAGGUGGGGAGUCCAACACCCACACGCAGUACAGCAGCCUGAACACGGUAAUCAGCUUGGGCCGGUCCACGCCCAGUCCCGUUCCCGUUUCCGUUCCCCUUCCGGUUGUGAGCAGCCGGAUGGACAAUAAUGCCGCCACACAAGCCACACAGCAGCCAGCUCAACUGCCAACGAAUGCCAUCCGGCUGGUCCACGAUCCCUGCCCCUCGUCCGUGUCCGAUUCGGUGAUAGCCACCAGGCAGCAGAGCAUCUGUGUGCCCGCCUCCCUCAAGGAUCUGAUCCUGCGGAAGGGAUCGGGUCCGGCUCCGGCGCCCGCCAGCGGCAUCAGCCGGAGUGCCGCCAAUCUGAGCUGUGAGAGUGGAGCUGGAGCCACUGCACCAACCACAACGACUGUCAUGCUAGAGCUUCCCCUGAUCCGGCUGCCCAACGAGGAGGACGACGAGCCGGUGGAGCACACCGAUUUAGGCGGGGAGAAGCGCGAUCCCAGCCUGCCCGGCACUUCCAGGAAGUGGUCCAAGGAGACACUCUUCUAGCCCAGCUGGAUUCCACUGCUCCAGCGAAGGCAGUUCCCAGGGCCGGGCCACUAAUUAAGAGCUUAGCAACUGACUUUGUACGCAUGGUAUUGGGGUCUACAGUGAAAACUCCCGAGAGGGGAUUAACGUGGUUUAUGAUCAUCUUCCAAGAGUCUAUAAAAAUGUUAUUCAGCCCAUAAGCCAUUUCGAAUUUUGGUUUGGAAAAUAUCCCCAAUAACAACACUUGUCUAGGUCAGGAAAUGUCAAAUCCUAAGACCUUGAAACUUAACAUCAUUUAACAUGUUUUGGGUCACAUUUUCGAAAAUGUAUUUGAGUCUCCUUCAGGGGGUUUUCACUGUAAUUUCGGUAGUCGCAUGGUCUGGCAACCAACUUCCUGGGUUGCUCGAGACCCGGAACUAUGAAACGCGAGUAUCGACGAGUAUUUAGGCUUAGAUAAGGAGGAUUAGAUUAAGCGCAUUUAGUCAAAAUAUAAGUUAGUUGGUCUGUCAUAAGGGUUACAGUAGUACAUGCCUACUCAUCGUGUAAAGACCGAUCGAAAUGAUUAGGAGGGUAAUGCAGCAGCAACAUGAACAACAACGUAUUCGUACUUAGAGACUGUUGUCUAUUAUUGUUAAUAGAACUCUAAAAGUUAAGUAGUGAUACUCGGAUUUAUUUUUCACACUUUAUCUAUAAAUCGGAAGAGCAAGCAUGCGAAUAUAUAUAUUUGUAUGCGGCCAUACUAAGGAAAGAGUUUAUAUAUUUCUAUAGGUAUACCGCCAGCCGCCAGUCUUUCUAUCCCCUAUCUCUCACUCUCCCUCUUACGGAAUGAAAACUCUUCUAGUGUCUUAAACAGCAGCCAAAUACUUAAAGUAUUGUAAUUUAGGAAUUUUAUAGAUUGCACAACAACUUCGAUCGAGAUCGAGUUAUCCUUGCAACAGAAGUACUCUGACAAAGACCUUAAGGACCUCGAAAGGUCCACCCGAAGAUGCCUAAAUGUCUUUUACGCAUAGCUAGACAAAAGUUGCAGACCUUCUAGGAAUAUUUUCGCAUUUUCCCGCUCCUGCCUGUUCGAACUCGAAUUGUUGGAAAUAUAAUAGAGUUGUUGUCAGAAUAUAGAGUUACAAAACGAAUAUAACAUUGCAAACCAAAUUGAGAAAAUAAACAUAUAUGUAAACAAUUUCCUAACUCAUCCCACCUACGCAUCUGUAUUUUUCUAUGAAAAGCUAAAGCCAAGGGAAGGAAAAUAAAUCAAAUUACUUGUAUUAUUCAAAUCAAAACACAUAAUUAGUGGACGAAAACCAAGAUAGUAUGAUAGAGCUGCAUUUUGAGGUGCCCCAGCCCCCUAGAGACUUUCUCACAUGCCUGAGCCUCAGCCUGAGCCUGAUUUGUACCUUUCCUAUGCAUAAGUAUAUAUUUAUAUACACCACACAUGUAUAAAUCGAGCCCUGUUUGAAUAUUUUUUAAUGCUAGUAAGUAUUUUGUACGACGAGAUCAACUCGAAAGGCGCCUAAAAAAUGCAAAUGGUAUAUCAAAAAAGGAAACCCCCCAAAAACAUAAAACAUUAAUUGUUGGUUAUAUGCUGAAGAACGUAAGAGUAAAUGAAAAUUCGAAAAUAUUGUAAUUGUAGCGUUGAUUUGUUUAAAAUGAGCAAAAAUAUACAUAUAACUAAUAACGUAGCUAAAUAUACAUACCUAAUGAAACCAAUGAGCAAACCUAACUUGUGUAAGUCAAAGAGUAGCGGAACCAAUUGUUAAGCCUAAGCAUAAUAAAUCUGUAAUAAAACUGAGCUGUUGUAUUAAAUGAACAAUAACAAUGUUGAAGACAAAGUUUGGAUAAAUAAAUGCGCAGAGCAUUCAGUUUGUGAACUUCGAAUACGAGUAAUAGUAUUUUUACUAGAUACCUCUCCUUUCGCCCCUUUCGUUGCAAUGUUUUCUUUUAUACUUUUGUACUAAAACCCUUUUCUUCUUGAUUUUCCUAAUGUUCAUAAACUCGAUGUCUAUAUGUACCUCUAGCUAAAACUCAAAGCGUAAUUGAUAAAAUUGGUAAACGAAAGCAAUUCGAAAUUAAAACAAAUAUGUGUACUACUAACGCGCAAAAACAGAAUUAUUAAUGCAAGAUUACUUUAAAGAAUGGAUUAAAAUUUUUAAAAAGUAUGAGCUAUUAAAGAACAAACUUAGUUAAAUGUUAUAUAUAUGAAAAACCAAGAAAAUUGAUGUACAUGUUAGCGAUAUUAAUGAGAAAAUGUGACAAGUGAAAAAUAAACCGGAAGAAAAUACAUAUACACAA